AACUGACGUCCCGCCUCGGCCACGGCACCGCGCUUCCCGUGACGUCACCCUUUUCCUUCCUUCCCGUCUCUGCCUCCGUUGCUAGCGCGGUUAGCAUUAGCCUGUUAGCGCCCAGCAGCUGUCGGUGGCAGUCAGUCAGUCAGCGAGCCCGUCAGUCCGAGCGGUGGUGCAUUUGUAAUCCUGCCCCCUCCUCCUGUAGUAAAAAAAAAAAGAAAAAAGAACCAAACAAACAACAGUGGACGGCUGGGUUAUUCCUUCGGAGGCCAGCUGCUUCACCUCUCCGGACUACCUGCGGUAAAACCACUGUUGUCCUCUCCAUCGCGACAGGAAGAAGCCCCGGGACAUGGCCAGACCAGAACAAGUCCUGGUGCUAGAGCCGCAACACGACCUGAAAUUCAGAGGCCCGUUUACAGACGUCGUCACUGCCACUUUGAAGCUCGCCAACCCCACGGAUAGAAAUGUGUGUUUCAAAGUCAAGACAACCGCACCUCGCAGAUACUGUGUGCGCCCCAACAGUGGCGUCAUUGAUGCUGGAUCCUCCAUCAAUGUUUCUGUUAUGCUCCAGCCCUUUGACUAUGACCCCAAUGAAAAGAGUAAACACAAAUUCAUGGUGCAGUCCAUGCUGGCUCCAUACGAAAUGACUGACAUGGAAGGAGUUUGGAAAGAGGCAAAGCCUGAAGAGCUGAUGGAUUCAAAGUUGAGAUGUACAUUUGAGAUGCCUCUAGAAAAUGACAAAACUCAUGAGAGUGAAAGCAACAAAACUAUGUCUUCCUCUACCUCCUCUGUUAAGACUGAGCUCUCUGCACUGCCCAAGUCUUCCAGCGCCUCGCUGGAUGACGGCGAGGUGAAGAAGAUCAUGGAAGAGUGCAAGCGGCUGCAGAUGGAGGUGCAGAGGCUACGGGAAGAAAACAAACAGAUCCGGGAGGAUGAUGGGCUGCGGAAGAGAAAGGUGACUUCACUGGCCGCUCCUCACUCCUCCGCCAUGGCGACCUCGGCUGUGAGGGACGAAGGCCUGAGCACCCGCAUCCUGGCACUCUGUGUGCUGUUCUUUGUCAUUGGAGUCAUCAUUGGCAAGCUGGCCCUGUAAGAAACACAGAUGGACAGAGCACAGUGAUGGACGGGCGGGCGGGCGGGCGGCGUGCUUGGGCGGACAUGUGUCAAUGACUGCAACGGGGAUGUCUUCUGGGUUUAUGUUGAUUUCUCUCUUCUUCUUUUUUAACAUUCGAGGCAAUAUCGUGACGGUGUGUCUGGAUGGGAAAUAAUUUAAUGUGUAAAAAGAAAAACGAAGGAAGGCGAUCCCAAGUCAAACCAUGGUUGUGAGCGUUUUUGUCACAGGUCUUGCCUUUUUCUUUUUAUUUGUGAAAUGAUCUCUGAUCUAUCUCCUUCCGUCCACCCCUCCUUCCUAAAUGGUCCUCCCCAACUUGCACAGAUCACAGUUAUUGGUGUGGAAGUAGCUUCAUGCUGGCUGAAUGUCUGAAGUCUUUCAUUUAUUCUUUCUAGAUUCUGUAGAUCCUCAUCACUCACAUUGUCCAUGAGAAUGAUCUAACGCUCCUAUGAUAAUCUCUCUCCCACUUAUUACUGAUAAUCUGCAAGAAGUGAACACAAAUAAUCAGCGAAAGACUUCGAUUCAGGCCGUGUAUUGUCUUCUGAACAGUAGGUGGUAAAAAUGUGAGCCAGUAGAAGCCGUGUGUGUGUGUGUGUGUGUGUGUGUGUGUGUGUGUGUGUGUGUGUGUGUGUGUGUGUGUGUGUGUGUGUGUGUGUGUGUGUGUGUGUGUGUGUGUGUGUGUGUGUGUGUGUGUGUGUGUGUGUGUGUGUGUGUGUGUGUGUGUGUGUGUGUGUGUGUGUGUGUGUCUUAUUGAUUUUGCCUCCUGCAGGAGGGAUCAGGUGACUGUGUAUGAGGAGACCACAAGUGGUAAUAUCACAGGCAGUUUUAGAACAAAGGAUCUGAACAGAUUUCCUGUACAACAUAAAAAUGGGGUUGUUUGAUUAAAACCUUUAAUGCAACCAAAAAUAAUUUAUGCUGCAGUUAUCUAUUCAAGGGAAAAAAAUUACCCAGUUACAUCUUUCUUGAUAAUUUGAGUUUCUUCCGGUUGCCAGAGGAAAAUCAACCCAAUAAACCAGUGAAUUUGUCAUGUAAAACCAACAUUUUUAGCAAUUGUCGCUGCCUUUUGCCCAUGGAGUAUUGUAUUUGUGUCCUCUUGUACGUCACAUCGGUUGUUUGCUUUUUCCCCCCUUAUAUUCUCAUGUAGUCACGAUGCUUCUGUUGUUUAUAAUAUCCAAAUACACUAUAUUCAAGUGUCCACUCUGCAGCCUGCAUGAAAUGACCUGGGUUUAUUCUGAUUAUUAUUUUUGAGUGUUAAAAUCAUAUCCGCAAAAGAAAAACAAAAAAUACUGUCUUUAAAAAAAAAAGGGGACCAUCUUGAGUCUGGGUUAUCGGUCUGUGUGUGUGUGUUGUUUGAUUUCAAUCAUCUUUUUUUGGGGUUGUGAGAUAACUAAGACAACACAGCUGUAUUAUCUUGGUUAUCACGUGACCAUCUUAGCAAAAUUGGUCGUUUCAAAAAAAAAAAAAAAUCCUUUGUAUUUUCCAUUGCCUGAGGGAGCUCGGUGAGCAGAAGCGUGGGCUGCUGGGAGGAUGACUGACCUGUGAAUACACUACAUAUUAUAAAAAGGAAUAAAAAAAGACAUCUACGCUUCAGACCACACAUGCAGAGAUACAGUCAAACCACAAUGUAAUCACACAGUAAUUGGAUACUCUUUUGUAUGUACAUAAAAAUAAAAAAUGACUUCAAAUGAUAACUGGCAAAGUUAUUAACAUACUGUAGUAAAGGAAGAAAACAAGUAAACAACCACCUUGGAUCAUGUAGCAUCAUAAUGAAUUAAACUACAUAAACCCCCA